AUGGAAAAAUUCGGUAGUUGUUAUCUUGUUAGUUGUAAUAUUUCGAUAACAGGAGUAACUAUAAGAACACAAGACAGGUGUAGCCGGUAUGAUCCGCAGUUCUUCUCUACGCCAAUAUCUCCAGUGAAUGAAAAAAGAAGCAAAUGGAGGGAAUUUAACGUGGGAAAGCAGGGGGUGUUUCGAACAUGGAUCAUCGUCGCCUCAGUUAAUACUCCACUGAAUGUCUUGGCCAUCAGUCUACCAUAUGUCAUUUGUAAAUCAGUAAAUUUCUUGUGCUUCUGUGGGAGUUGUGAAAAAGCAUCUCUGGGUAAAAUCUUAUCGAUAAGAAUCAUUGCAUUUUUUAUGAGAUUCGCUGGCUUCUGGACGGCCGCUACACCGAUUGGGAGGAAAAUUCUAAAAUUCGCUACUGUAUUUGCACUCAUGGCAAACCUCAUCAUGGUUUACAUUGUCCUCAUCGACAUUUAUUACUGCCACAGUCACUUCGAUGAAAUAGCUAAUGGAUUUCUCAACUUUUCAAUAUCCGGAAUGUCAUCGUACAAACUCGCUGUCCUAAUGCCCUUCCGGGAGAGGUUUAUAGAAUUAAUUUCAUAUGCUAAGAAGAACUUUUGGUACAGAAACUAUGACAGAUAUGGUGUCAACGUCAUGAAUGUCUGCUUCAAGAAGUGUACUUACAUGGUUGCAUUUAUUUCCUGCAUGUGUAGCAUGACAUUGGUGACGUUUAUGGUGGAACCUUUGAUAGUGGAUCGACAGAGGAAUCAGACGGAGAGAAAUCUUCCCGUCAACCUGCACUUCGAUUUCAUGCCGAUAUCUACUACCCCCUGGUAUGAAAUGUUAUACAUAAUGCAGGUAGGCAACUUUCCUUCAGCAUUCUACUGCUGUGUCUGCUUCCUCUGCUUUGACACAUUCCUUUGUGGAAUAAACAUGACCUUAGUUGGACAAUUCAUCAUACUGCAGGAGGAAUCGCGAAAUAUUUACAAUGGCACUGUGUCGUCAAUGGCUGAUGAGGAUACUGUCUGUUUACGGUUUCAUAAAUUUGUGAGGAAACAUCAAGAAUUAAUAGCGUGUGCUGAUAAUGUCAAGGAUCUUUAUAAAAACCUUGUAGUUGGUUUUGUAUUUUUUCUGAGCCUCUUAAUUUGUAUGGAAUUGUUCCAAGCAAUGAUGUCUGUUGAUCUGUUCAUCCGUUUACGAUCGACAUUUUAUGUCUCCAACACAAUUGGCCAGUUGUAUCUCUUCACUUUAGCAUGCAAUAGACUUGCAGAAGCGAGCUUUGACGUAUCCUAUGCAGCAAGGAGUUAA